AUGGUAGCCGAUAGCAUCUGCAGAAUACAGAUCAUGAGCGAUCUCCAUCUCGAAACCCAUCCAUCAUACGAGUAUGACUUCCCACAGACCGCGCCCUACCUGGCAUUGCUAGGAGACAUCGGACACGUGGCUACAGAGCAUUUGAUCCAAUUCCUUGUCCGUCAAUUGCUCCGCUAUCGCGUCGUUUUCUUCCUCCUGGGCAAUCAUGAACCCUACCACAUCAGUAUGGACUUCGCAAAGGAGAGGAUGAACAAAUUCGUCAGAAACGCCCAACGACUCCGAUCGAACGACCCAAGCGUCGGAGAGUUCGUAUUUCUCGAAAAGACUCGCUUCGACCUGACAGAUGAAAUCACCAUCAUAGGCUGCACAUUAUUCACCAACGUUCCGUCGGAGCACGCCGCAGCCAUCCAGUCACGUCUGGUGGACUUCCGCGAUAUCCUGCAUUGGGACGUCGGCGACCACGUCGAAGCGCAUCUGGAGGAUCUACGCUGGCUCAAUACUCAAGUCUCCGAGAUUGCGCAGUCGGGCAGGAAGGUUGUCAUCUUCACUCAUCACAGCCCCUGCGCAGAUCCGCGGGCCAGGAACCCAAGGUAUCCUAUCAGUGAGGUCGAUUCGGGCUUCGUCACCGACCUGAGUAGUGAGGAAUGCUGGACGAAUCCGGCUGUGGUGCUUUGGGGAUUUGGCCAUACGCAUUAUAGCUGCGAUUUUACCCUUGAAUCCGGAUUGCGGGUGGUGGCCAACCAGAAAGGAUAUUAUCUUAUCCCUCAAAAGGCAUUCCGUCCCGAGAAAGCAGUAGAGAUUGAGGCUCGGAAAAGCACUUCUCAAUCGACGUCGUUGACUGCACAGACCAGCUGA